AUGGCCUCGUCAAGUUCAGUGCCCGGCAGCCGCGUCCCCCAGGGAGAGGUCAUUAUGGACUUCGCCGACGGUGGCCAGUACAUCAAGCACCAGCUCGAGAACUCGGUUGUCGCCCUUGAGCGCCGCCGCCUUACGCGCGACGAGGCCGCCAAGGCCAGCCGCGCGAUGGAGGCGUUGGAAGUCAAGGCUCCUGCCCCCGUCAACGCCGCCGAUGCCGACCUUAUCGUCAAGGAGCUCGGUGUUUCGCGCGAGGAGGCCGAGAACGCCCUGCGUUCCGAGAAGGACGUGACCAAGGCGCUGGUCAAGCUUACUGCUCCCCGCAGGUAG